AUGUUCAUACAUAUCAUGAUGAAGAGNAAACAAAGUCUUGUUGAACAUGUUAAUUUUUUAUUAAAAAAAGAAAAACUUUUAAAAUCUAGAAUUCCAAUCGAUCCAAAAUCAGAUUUAAUUUUUGAUUCAUUAAAAGAUGGUGUAAUUUUAUGUAAAUUAAUUAAUUCAAUUAAACCAAAAACAAUUAAUGAAACAACAUUAAAAUUAAAUUCAGAUAAAUUAAAUAUUUUUGAAAAGAAUGUAAAUUUAGAAAAUUGUUUAAAAGGUGCAAAAAAGAUUGGAAUUCAAUUGACAAAUAUUGGUGCAGGUGAUAUUCAAGAGGGAAAGAGACAUUUAAUUCUAUCUAUUCUAUGGCAAUUGGUAAAGAUUGAUUUAAUGAAUAAAGUUAGUAAAUUGGCAUAUCGUGUAAAGGCAGAGAUGUUAGAUUUAGGAGAGACUGAAAAGAUUGAAGAAUUGGUAGCAGAUGAGAUUCUAUUACGUUGGGUUAAUCAUCAUUUAGCUGAAGCAGGUAUUGAUCGUCGUAUAAGUAAUUUCUCAAGUGAUAUUAAAGAUUGUGUAGUUUACAUUCAAUUAUUUCAUCAAUUAUCACCAUCAAUUUGUGGAUUGGAACUUUUGAAUGAGAAGGAUUUGAAUGAGCGUGCUAAACGAUUUUUAGAUACAAUCGAUAGAUUGGAUUGUAAGAAAUUCAUUAGACAACAAGAUAUAGUUGAUGGUAAUGGUCGUUUAAAUAUGGCAUUUGUAGCAUACAUUUUCAAUCGUUUCAAUCAAGUUGAACCAAUGGUACCAUCGGUUGAAGUUGGUAAAACUGCUGAUGAAAAGUUAAAUAUUGAUCAAGAAGCAAUUUCAAAAUUGGAUUCAGAGAUUCAACGUUACCAAAAUCGUCAUUUUGAAUCGAUUGAAGUUUAUGAAGAGAUUAAAAAAAGAAUUGAAAUUAAUAAACAACAAGACAUUCAAUUCGAGGAGGAAACAAAUGAAAAGAUUGAAAUCAUUGAAAAAGAAUUUCAACAGCAAAAGACUGAAUAUGAAAUUCAAAUUCAACAAUUGGAACAACAAUUACAAGAGAUUCAAGAAUCAGCGGGUCCAACUGAAUCUCAAUUAAUUGAACAAUUGGAACAAGAGAAACAAGAGAUUCAAAAAUUAGAACAAGAAAUUUCUACAAGCCUUGAAAAUGAAUAUAAUGAAAUUAAAUCAAUCUCUGAACAAAAUCAAAGGGAAUUGGAGCAAUUGAAAUUAAAUACCUCUACAAAUGAAAAUGAAUUAAAAUUAGUAAAAGAGAAAUUAGAUCAAGAGAAGCAAGAAAUAUUGAAUAAAUUAGAAUCUACAGGUUUACUUGAAACUAAAAGACAAUUGGAGAAAGUGAAACAACAAGCAAUUGAAAUUGAAUCACAAAUUGUAACAUUAAAACAAAGUGAAAAACAAUUAAAAGUUGAUUUAACUGAAACCAAAGAAGAUAAACAUCGUAUUUCAAUGGCAAAGAAAAAGAUUCAAGAUGAAUUAGUUCGUGCAAAAGAUAAUACAGAGAAAAUGAUUAAAAAUAAAGUUGAAACAGAGAGAAUAAUUGAUAAAACCACUAAACAAGUCAGAGAUUUACGUCAUGAAAUUGAUAGAAUUCAAAAUGAUAAGGUUUAUACUCAACAACAAACAGAGGUAAUUAAAAUUGAAACUAUUGAAGUUCAAGAGGAAUUAGAACAAACUAUCAUUCAAAAGAAGAGAUUAACCACAAAGAAACAAGAAACUUCUCAAAUUUUAAUGGAAAAAGAAAUGGAAUUGGAUGAGGUACUAGUUCAAAAAGAAAUUAAACUCAGUGAUACAAAACAAAAGAAUCGUGAAACCAUUGAAAAAAUGAAACGUGAUUUUGAGACAACUAAAAAAGAGAUUGAAUAUGAAAAAGAGAAAAUUAAAACUCAAGUUAUUGAAUCUGAAAAUCGAUUAUUAAAACAACAAAUUCAAACUGAAAAUGAAAAAAGAGAAAAAGAAUUAAUGGAAAUAAAAAAUAAAGAUCUUAAAUUGGAUAUUCAUUUCGCUGCAAUUCAAAAAGAACAAACUGAAAAAGAAUCUGAAAGAAUUAAAAAGGAACAAUCAAAAACCAAUCAAUUACUAUCACAAGAGAAAGAAAUCAAUCAUUUAUUACAAUCUAAAAAUACUGAACUCUAUAAAGAGAAAUCAUUAUUACGUGAAAAAACUUCACAAGCUAUGGCUGAAGCUCACCAAGCUUUAAAAGAUAAUAAACUAUUGGAAGAUCAAAUUUCAAAAACCAAUUUAGAGGUUGAUGAUACAUUAAUUAAUAAACAAAAGUUAGAAUUACUAUCGAUUGAAGAUUCAGCAGAGGUUGAAAUGAAGAAAGCAGAGGUUAAAGAUGAGAAAAAGCGUUUAAAGAAAUUAAAACAAUUAAAACAACAAGAAGAAAAAGAGUUAUUGGAAAAAGUUGAACAAGGACUCUCUAAAGAUUUACAUAAAGUUAAAGCACAACAAGAGUUAUUGGAAAAAGAAAUUCAAGAUAAAGCAUACGCAUCUGAAGAUUUAGAUAUUAAAGAAAAGAGAAUAAGCGAACGUUUGGCAAAAACUGAAAAAGAAACUACCUCAAAGAAACAAUUGGUCGAAAAGAAAGAGAAAGAAAAUCAAAAAAUUCAACAAGAGAAACAAAAAUUGGAAUCAAUUUUAUCACAGGCAAAAGAUAUGAUUGGUGAUAUAAAGAAAGAUAAGGAUCAAACCAUUAAAGAACGUGAAAUCAUACAAAAUAAACAUAAAACACUCAUGGAAACUGUGGGUUCAACAACAAAAACCAAAAAAUCAUUGGAACAAUCCAAAAAAGAUUUGGAAGAUAAAAUGGCAAAACUUUCCAGUCUAAAACUGGAAAAUGAACAACAACACAAAAAGAAACUAUCAGAUUUACAAGAAAAAUCAAAGGAAGAAUUGGAUAAAGCAAGACAACAACAUGAAAAAGAACAACAAAAAUUGGCUGAAAAACUUGAAAAACAAUUAAAAGAAGAUGAAGAUACUCUCUUAAAAAAGAAUGAACUUCAAUUACAAAAAACCUUAGACUCAAUAGAAAGAAAUAAAUCUGAAGCUCAAAGAAUUGAAGAGAAAAUUGAAAAAGAAAAAGAAGAACACCAAUUAGCUUUAGAGAAAAAGAAAAGAAAAGAUGAAAGAGAAAGAAAAAAAUUAAAAGAAAAGGUGGAACAAGAAAAAUUAGAAAAAUUAGAAUCAUUAUUAAAAAAUAAAAAAGAUUUAGAAUUGAAUGAAAAUAAUAAUAAUAAUAAUAAUAAAACUGAUGAAGAAAUCCAAGUUUAA